UCUAUCCUCAAUAUCACUAGCCGAUACAUAUGAUAAUGGGGAGGGACAAGAACAGUAGUAAGAACAAUAACAACGUUGUGAAGCUAAGGAAGGGGUUGUGGUCGCCGGAGGAGGAUGAGAAGCUAAUAAGGUACAUGUUGACCAAUGGACAAGGUUGCUGGAGUGACAUUGCCAGAAAUGCAGGUCUUCAACGUUGUGGUAAAAGUUGUCGCCUUCGUUGGAUUAAUUAUCUCAGACCUGACCUUAAGAGAGGCGCUUUCUCUCUCCAAGAAGAACAACUCAUUCUCCAUUUUCAUUCCAUUCUUGGCAAUAGGUGGUCUCAGAUAGCAGCACGUCUUCCAGGACGCACAGACAAUGAGAUUAAGAAUUUCUGGAACUCUACUUUAAAGAAAAGGAUGAAAAACAACACUGCUUGUACUACUGCUGCUACUACUUCUACUGCUAUUCCUUCACCAAACAACAGUACAGACUCAUCACCAAAUCAUAUUAUGCUGAAUGGCAUCACCACCACCACCACCACAUCCUCAAUGCCCUUCAUCAACAUGACCAUGUGCAAUAUGGACUCAUCACCUUCAUCAAUAUCAUCAUCUUCAUCGGCAUCCGUACAAUCCAUGCAAGCCGCAGCUUUUGGUGGUGACCACCAGUUAAUGGAGUAUCCCUUUUCCAUGUUGAAUAAUCACAGUAAUAUUCCUUAUGACAUGCCUGCAUCCUUUGGUGGUGAUGGUGGCGGCGGCGUGGUGGAGGAUGGGUUUUAUGGAGAUGAUUAUAAUAAUGGGACGGGGUUAGAGGGAGAAGAUAGUAAAAUAAUGGGGUUAGAAAGAGACCUGUGUCUUCCUCCUCUAGAGAGUAGAAGCAUGGAAGAGAAGUAUAAUAGUAGUAGUGUUGUUCCUACUGAUGUGAAAAGUCAAAUCAACAACAACCAUUUUAAUAAUGGUUGCUUCAAUAACACUGAUCAUCAUCAUCAUCAUCAGGACUUGGUCGGGUUUGGGAAUUAUAAUCAUGGACAAUCAGGAGAAAACUUAAGAGUGGGAGAAUGGGAUUUGGAGGGUUUGAUGCAAGAUAUAUCCUCUUUUCCUUUCCUUGAUUUUCAAGUUGAAUGAGCAAUGUCCCAACUUUGGAAAUCUUUCAUUUCCCUCUCCCUCCCUCCCUCCCUCUCACAGAGACAUUCACGCAACCGCGGUCAAUGCACAAACCCAUUUUUCCUCUCUUUCAGUCACUCCAAAUGAAAUAACCAUAAACCCUUUGUGGAUCACCCAUUUUCUGCCUUUUCUCAUCAAUUGUACACACCCAAAUUCCAAAGCCAAUCUCGUUGAGUAUUGUUCUUUGCAAGGUAUAUCCUGUUCUCUUCAAGUUCAAUGAGUAAUAUAUAUCCACCCUCGGAAUUUUUCAUUUUCUUUCUUGUUCUUUUAGACGUUUACUUAAACACCUUCAAUGCACAAACAUUUUUUUCCUCCACAUUCAGUUCCUCCGAGUACAAUAAACACAAACCCUUUUGUGGACCAUAUCUUACCUUCUUGUCAUCACCCAUUGUUUCAUUCACCAUUUCUCAGAAUUGUACACAACCAGCUUCCAAAUUUCCUUCAAGAACUCCGUUCUUGUGUGAGGUACAUA